UCACACUGUCCGUCCAGAAUACGGUCUCUAAGGUAUGUCCAUGAAUAUCUCGACAGUUGUAUACUUUUUGUCCGUGACAAACAAUCAUGGACAGAUGGUCGAGCUAAUUGUAGAAGACUUGGAGGAGAUUUGGUAAUGGUUAAGGAUGCCAGUAAACAAGCUGUUCUACUGAAUUACCUUCGUCUUGACCACUGGGAUACUGAUAAUAUAUGGAUAGGUGCCACUGAUCAACAGAGAGAAGGGGACUGGCGCUGGGUUGAUGGAAGCAAGAUUUCUUACAGCCGAUUCGCAGAUGGACAAGGAUAUACCAACUCAGGAUUUCUGUUUGCAAAUGGUGGCAAUGAGGAUUGCGCACUGAUACGACGUGAUGAUGGAGGUCAAUGGCACGAUUAUCCAUGUCAGCCAAUAUUUGGAACUUUUGGCUAUACCUAUUCGUAUGCCUGUGAAUUCCCAAAAAUUGAAAUGGCUACAACACUUGCGCCUAUGACCACCAUGUCAUCAUCAACAAUGAAGACGAUGUCAUCAUUCAAAACAGUGCCAACAACUACAUGGUCUAGUGUUGAAACUCCAGCGCCAACAACAAUGUCAAAAGCUCAAACGCUAGUCCCUACUUUACCAAAUGUUGAAACACCGACACCGCUCCCUACUUUACCAUACGUCAAAACAUUGGCCCCCACUUUACCAAAUGUUGAAACUCCCGCGCAUAAUAAAGGUACAGCGGCAUUGCCAAUCAGGAUGACUGCGAAUCCUCCUGAUGCUGGUAUAGUAAACAAGGAAACUGUCGUCAUUGGCUGAGGAAAAAUAUUCGAGUUUAGUGAUUUUGAUUACAAUUACUGUUUGAGUUAUAUGUGCAUAAUAUAUAAAAUGUUAAUCAUAGUUACAAUGUACGCCAACUAAGCAAUAGACCAUUGAACCAAUGAACCUAUUAGCAAUCUUAUAUAUAAAGUCCUAUGAUACAGUUAUCGUCCUUUGAGUGUUAACAGUGUACAUGUAUACGUUGCCAUUUUUUUCAUACUCUUUUCCACUAUAAGAAUAUUUUUGAGACAGAUUUUUUGCGAUUUCUUAAUUUGAAUUUAAUGAAGAAUUGCAAUACGAAGAAAUUGUGUUCUCAGGCAAUAUAUGAGAGCUUUGUGUUUUAAUCGACCACUGAAAGAUAAGACUUGUAAUGCAACUAUUCUACAUAAAUAGUACGUGACACACAUGCUCGAAAUGUAAUUAUAGCGAUGAAAUAAAUGUCAAUGUCAUCUUGAUAAAAGUGCAUUGUUGUUCAAGUUAACUUACUAGGUACCAGAUUUACAUGAUAAAUUAGAAAUAUAUAAAAAUGAAAUGAGGUGUAUUAAUUUAUUGUUAUUAUAAUCUGUGUGUAAUA